CCACCUGUGAGACAAGCCAAGACCAUGGGAGCAGCACUGGCAAGAGCUGCACAGUGGACUGCUGCUGGUUCUGGAACUGGCACGCUUGAAAUCACUCCUCUGAAUGAAUCCCUUUUAAAUCAGAUUGUUAAGUUUGCAGAGGAUUUCAGCACUAGACACCCUCAGGAAGCAGCGUUUGUCUUCAGGGAGCCCCUAGAGUGGAAAACGCAGUUGGGCUGCUCAGCGUUUGGAGAGGGUUAUGAGAUAGAUGAAGAAACCGUUCAGUCUGAAGCCAAAGAUGAAGAUGGACAACCCUUACUUCUCCUCUCAGCCUCAAAUCUCAAAGUUCGCAAUUUUGACCAGCUGUCCCAUUUGCUACAAAUUAAUGUGGAUAAAAAGUUAAAGGAAGCACAGGCAUGCCUUGAAGCUAACAGGGAUCCUAUAGUUAAAAUUCUUGGCCCUGAAUACGGGACUGUUGAAGGAGAAGAUACAUCCAUGUUGCGUUUACUUGAAAAAAUGAAAAAAGAUGAUGAUCCUCAAACAGAGAUGAAAAUGAAAAUCGCUAUUCUUCUUCAUCAGCUGGAUAUGCAACUCCUUAACAGUUCUUUAAAACACAUUUCACAAGAUGUAAGACUAAGCCCAACUGCUGUGAAUAAUGAAGUGAAUCUUCUCAAGAAUUUCUCUGGGAAAGGAGAGGAUACAGUACUGGAAUCACUGGAAUACACAUCAGAUUACACAUUCUCUAAUGGAUGCAGAGCUCCUCCGUGGAGACAAGUGCACGGGGAAAUUUGUUACUUAAUCAUCAAACCACAUGACACUGAUCCUUUGUGUAUCACUUGCAGCACAGCAGGAGUGUUUUUAAAUGGAGGUGAAAUAAAGGGUAAAGAUGAAAUUGACUAUGAAAGAAAAAGUGAUGUGUAUAAAGAUAUUGUCACAUUUUUAAGAGAAAGAUCACCUAAAUUCGUAGAAAAUAUGGCUAAGCAGGAAUUUACAUUUUUUAAAGAACCGACAUAUGAGAAAAAUGAUCAGCAUGUAGAAGUAGUUGCUAAGGUCUCUGGCCAAUCCCCAAACCUUGAUGAUUACACAGAAAAGAAUGAAUAUGAGAAAAAGAAAAGUUCUGCUGAAAAAAGCAGAUCCACUGACAAGAAGAAAUUAGAACCAUCUAUGAAGUGGAAAAAUAUUGGUCUUUCUGCUGCCCACAGUGAUAAAGCUGCGAGAGAAAAAGAACAACAGAGAAAGAGUACUGUAUCUGGGAAAAAAAAAAAGAAAGCCUCUGGUAUUUCUUCUGAAUCUGUUAAAAUACAACCAGCUUUAAAAUGUAAAAUAUCAGACAUGUUUGAAGAAGUUAGUGAAAGUUCCUCAGAGACUGAUGAAGAUGAAGAACAACCUGUACGUCACCAGGAAGGAAGCACUGAUUUGCCAUCAGAAUACUGGGGAAUUCAGAAACUUGCAAAAUAUUUAAGGCUACGCUAA